AUGGCGUGUCUUUCUUUUCCCCAGUUUCUCUCACUUCCCAGGUACCACUUGACUUGGUCCCAUUGUUAUGCUUCUUUUAACAUAGUGCAACUUGGGGAACUCAGGUCUGGGUGUAAAUGGGGUCAUUUGGUAAUGGCUAGGAAGAAAGUUUCUCUAGGCUCUAUUGUAAAAGAGUCUAGUGAAAAUGAAUCUGUGGUAGAAAAGAAGACAACUAGGUCUCCUGAAGGGAACACUGAUUUGUUAGUAGAUAAAGAUGAUGAUGCUUCCAUUGAAGAAAGAUCACCUGUCUCUAAUGAUGAUUCCAAGAAGAAAACUCGAAGGACUCGAAAAAAAGAUACAUCUAGUUCUGCUGGCUUGGAUGAAGAGAAGGAACUCAAGGUAGAGAAAAAGGUUAGAAGAGGAAGGAGACCUAAAGAGGAGAAUGUAAUUAUUGAGGAUAAAGGUAAUGAAGCUGAAAUCAGUGACCAAGAUGAGCCUUCAUUUAUUGAAACUGUGGAGGAUGAGAGUGAUGUUGGGUUGGAACUGGUAAAAGAUGAUGGAGAGGACAUUAGCUUUUCUUAUGGUUGGCCUCCCCAUGUUUGUUGCUUUGGAGCCGCGCUGCAUGCUUUUGUGCCUUCCGGGAGGCCUGCCAAUAGGCUUAUAGAUUAUGAAAUCCACGAUAGUAUGAAGGAUGUCCUGUGGAGCCCUGAAAAAUUUGUUAGGGCUCCUGGGACCUCCUCGGCUGGUAGUGUUGCCAUUGCUCUUGCAAGCUUGGGUGGCAAGGUUGCUUUCAUGGGAAAACUCGCAGAUGAUGAUUAUGGUCAAGCAAUGCUGUACUAUAUGAAUGAGAAUAGUGUUCAAACCCGAUCAGUCCGUAUAGAUAGUAAAAGGGCAACGGUUGUAUCACUGAUGAAGAUUGGUAAAAGGAGUCGGCUUAAAAUGAGUGUUGUAAAACCCUGUGCUGAAGAUUGUUUGACGAAGUCAGAGAUAAAUAUUGAUGUGCUGAAAGAGGCAAAGAUGUUCUACUUCAACACACCUUCACUGCUUGAUCGUAACAUGAAAUCCACUACAUUGCAAGCCAUCAAGAUUGCAAAGUAUUUUGGAGCAGUUGUUUUCUUUGAUCUAAACCUUCCUAUGCCACUGUGGCACUCUAGGGAAGAAACUAAGAUGUUCAUUCAGCAAGUGUGGAAUCUUGCAGACAUUAUUGAGGUCACUAAGCAAGAAUUAGAGUUCUUAUGUGGGAUCACACCAUCUGAAGAAUUUGACACCAAAAAUAAUGCCAGGUCAAAGUUUGUCCACUAUGAACCCGAAGUGGUUGCACCACUAUGGCACGAUAAUCUUAAGGUUUUGUUUGUGACUAAUGGAACUUCCAAGAUACAUUACUACACUAAGGAGCUUGACGGUGCUGUUAGUGGGAUGGAGGAUCCCCCGAUUACCCCUUUCACUUGUGAUAUGUUAGCAUCUGGAGAUGGCAUACAUUACAGUGAAUGCACAUUUAAAUCAUAG